AUGCUAAAUCCAACGUUUCAGGUGAAUUUGGGACAUCCCAUCACGAGAGGUACAGUGACCGUCGGAAAGUUUGAUGGCAAUAGACCUUGUUUGGCUUCGGGAACAAGCUCUGGAAAGGUUUUAGUGCAUAAUCCUCAUGAACAGAGUCUCGGAUCUCAAUUAACUUUUUUAAAUGUCAAUAAGGACGUGAAAUGUUUGGCAUCUGGAGCUUUUAAACCCAAUACAAAACGAGAAACGCUCAUGAUUGGAACUCAAACGAAUAUCAUGGCAUACAAUGUUGAUUCAAAUUCCGAUAUUUAUUAUAGAGAUGUUUCAGACGGUGUCAAUCGAAUGACAUUCGGAAAACUUGGAGCAGGUGCAAAUCCUCUUGUUUUUGUAGGAGGAAACUGCUCCAUACAAGGUUAUGAUGGAGAGGGAGAAGAACAGUAUUGGACGACAGCUGGAGGUGAUGUCACUGCUCUCUGUUUAGCAGACAUUAACGGCGAUAAUGAAAAUGAAUUAUUGGUGGGAUCCGACGAUUAUGUAAUUUAUAUGUAUCAAGACGAAUCAAUGAUUGCAGAGUGCAAAGAAACAGCUGCUGUAAAAGAAUUGUGCAACCUUAAAGGCGGAAAAUUUGCUUUUGGAACUUCAAAUAAUUCGUAUGGUAUCUAUCAAGGCAGUACCAGAGUAUGGAGAAACAAAUCAAAGAGUCAAAUUAAUUCUAUUGUUGGAUUUGAUAUUGUGAAUGAUGGUGUAACUGACUUGGUUGUUGGCUACGAAAGUGGAAAAGUUGAAGUGAGAAAACAAGACGAUGGUCGCCUCAUUUACAAGGACAGCUUGAAAGAAGCAAUUGCAGGCAUGGUGGUAGCAGAUUACCGAAUGGAUGGCCAUGAUGAAUUAAUUUGCUGUUCUAUUGGAGGCGAUUUGAAAGGAUUUGUACCAGCUCAAGAAAAUUUAUCAAAACAAAUUGAGGACACCACAACUGACGAAAUUAUUGAAAAACUAUUGCAAAAACGAGAAGAAUUAAGCAACGAGUUAAGAAAUUAUGAAGAGAAUUUAAAGAAGCUUAAAAGCGGAGAAGUAGACUCAUCCUUAAUCCGAUCUGACUCUAAAGUGAAGUGUCAUUUACAGCCAAAUGUUCAAGAGAAUUGUUUAGAUAUCGUUUUUAAGACAGACGUUGAAAAUAUCAUUCGAGCUUCCAUCAUUACAGCAGAACAACUUUUCAAAACGGACAGCAGCAUGGUAUACUCAAAGAAUCCAACGAACGAGAUCAAGGUGAGCUUGCGGCCAGAGAAAAAUGCUGCUAUUGAAAUGAAUAUUCAAGUACUGGUCGGAUUUAACAUGGGUUCCAAAUACCAUAUUUUCAAAUUAUCUUAUACAUUACCACGUUUUUCCAUGUACAUACCUGCUGGAGAGCAAUUUAAAACACCACAAUCCGUACUCUCUUUCAGAUUGGAUGAACGGGCCAAGAGAAUUAUCAUGUGGCUCAACGAUUCGUUUAACAUUCUCUUCAAAUUGGAAGGAGAUGCCGAAGUAAUUGACGCUAAAUUCACAUGUCUACGUGAUGGAUCUCCAUUGAGGUUAGUGUAUAAGGAUGGCAUCAUGACGUUCUAUGUUGAUGACAUGGAAGUUGCAGGUGAUUUGUUUCAAGAUAUUUGUGCAUUCCUUUCGAUAAAAGAGCUCGACUCGAAAUGUGAUUUCCCAGUGGAGUUUGCCAAGUUUGAAAAGAUUACUCAGAACGUGGAAGAAUUCAAUUCCAACCGAUUAAAGAUGACAGCAGAAAUGGCAGAUAAUUCUCAAUUAAUUAAGGCAUACGUGAUCAAGGCUGAAGAUUCUCGAGUUAUUGCAGAUAUGAAAUCAGUUCGAACCAUGUAUAAUGAGCUAUAUAGCAUUAACAAGGGUCUCAUUGGUGAAUAUAAAAAGAGGAGCACAAAUCAUGAACAACUACUUGCAGCUUUGAAAGAGGUCAACCAAAUGAUUCAAAAAGCUGCUCGUCUCAGAAUUGGAGAACCUAAAAACCGAGUAGUUGCAGAAUGCAGAAAAGCAAUCAAAAACAACAAUAUUAGUUCACUAUUUAAAAUCAUUAAGGAAGGUCAAUAA